GCGAAACACCUUGUGCUACAAGAUGGCGGCCGGACGUACAUGGGUGGGAUAGAAGAGCUCAUUAGGUUGGCCGAGGCCACGGUUGCCCCUCCGUUCGAUAGGAGCGAAGGCGACAAUACGGAUUGGGUUGCAAUAGCGCAACAUCAGUGUGAGAAACACCUCGCUAGCAGCCAGUGCCCAUUGGUGUUCAUGGAUAUCUCUCUAGAUCCAUCCGCCCGACCACAGAGAGUUGUGUUCCAGUUGUACAGCCAAGACUGCCCCACCACGUGCGAGAACUUCCGGUCCCUCUGCACGGGCGAGAAAGGAAUGUCGUCAAACGGGAAAAAGCUCAACUACAAGGGGAGCCCCUUCCACCGCGUGGUACGAGACGGAUGGGUGCAGGGAGGGGACAUAGUGUCCGGGACCGGGGACGGCGGCUGGUCGAUCUACGGAGAAGUCUUCGGCGACGAAUCCUUCGCGAUCAAGCUGAACGAGGCCGGAGUCCUGGCCAUGGCAAACGACGGUCCGCACACGAACGGCUCCCAGUUCCUAGUCACCCUCGCGCCCCAGCCGUGGUUGAACCACAAAGUGGUCGGGUUUGGCAGGGUCAUCAAGGGUCUGAAAGUGCUGCGAGAGAUGAGUGAGGGAGAAACCCUUAACCAACGCCCGGUGAUGGAGUGCAAGGUCCACAAGUGCGGGCAGAUCACUCCCGAAGACUUCGCCAAAUUUACGUGCAAGUAGCCUCGCCCGCCGUCGGUAAUAAGACAAGCACGUUUCCCGGGCAGGGACCUCCUCUGGUGCAUCCCCACUUGACAUGAGUACCUUUUCCUAGCCCAACCGCAGCGGCACCAAGGAAGAAAGGUUCAUCGGAUGUGGACAACACAACCUACCUGAACAUUGUUUUUUGCGUGUCAAAUGCUGUGCCCGUUCUCCGUAUGAGUUUGAGUGCACGGGCUCAUUG